AUGAUUCAAAUUGAUUUUUCAAAUAUUAAAAAGGGAAAAGGAGAAAAAGAAGAUGAAUGCUUAAGUAAAUUGACUGCUGUUGUAGAUAAUAUUGAAAAGAAAGCCGCUGAAUUGGAUAAGACUAAUAAUGAGAGAAACGAAGAAUUUAUUAAUAAAUGUGAAGAUUUACGUAUAUACCUAAAUAGUUAUGUUGAGGAACAAAAAGAAUGUCCUAAAGAAGAAUUCUCAAGGGUUUAUGGGAUUAUUGAGUCAGUAAUAAAGGAAUCAUUGAAAAAAUAUAAUAAUUAUCGCAAAUGUCCUAGUGAAUUAAAGGAAAUUAUAAAGGAACAAAUUAAGUUAGGUCAUGAAAUAGAUGAACUAUUUAAAGAAUGUAAGCAUUGCGAAAAUAAAAUAACAAAAUCAGAAGAAGAAGAACCUGCAAGGGAAGAAGAUAAUUCAGAAUCGUCUCAACAUUCUCAGCCUGUUAAUGAGGAGAAGAUAACUGCCUCUGGAGAAUCUAGGGACAAACAUACUGCUCAUGAUUCUCUUGAAACUGAAGGUGUUCAACAUAGCGAUUCAUCACCCGAAGAUCCCAAAAGGGUUAGCGUAUCAGAAAGUGAUCCAACUGAAUCUUUACAAGGUAGUUGUAGCAACAAUCCUGUUUUAUGCGAUAAACUGGAUAGACGUGCGUUAGAAAAUAAUCAGGUUUCUGUUACAGACCCCUCUGUUUCAGUUUCUUCUUCGUCUGAAUCGUGUACAAUUUCAAGCCUACAGUGUGCGUUGAAUAUCCCUGUUUCAACGCCUUCAUUCAUAAGAUUAAGACAUCUGCGGAAUUACUGCCAGUUGCUAAACAAUCGACAACUGGUGAACCUUUGCAAUCUAUUUCAGGUGUGUCAAGUACUGGACAUAUUUCAUCUAGUACACAAAGGACAUGUUCUGAAGAAGCUUCAUCUUGUGGAGAAGAUGAACGUUUUAAAACAAAUGGAGUUCAUGAGAAUCAUCUUAGAAGUGAACACAUUGAAGGGGGACAAACUCAAGUACAAUUAG